AUGGGAGAUGCCGAGGUAAGAACUCAUCACAUGCAGUUGUGGGUACUAGAGUUUCGUAUAAAAUCAGGACUUUUCGCCGCUGCACACCUGUUACUUCUAAAAGAAGAAGGUGUUCCAUCUUUAGCGUACAGAGCCUCCUCAAAACGUGUGGUUGCAGUAUGCAUUGCCUACAGUUUGGAGAAAUGUGCUAUCGUCCUGCAUGAAAGAUCCUACGCAGUGACUGAGACUGGAAGUGCAUUCGAUUGA